AUGGCCGACGCGGAUGAGUAUUUCAAAGCCCAAAAGUGGAACAAGAAGCAAACACCAUUUAAAUUGGUUCAUUGCUGGGAAAUCCUCAAGGACCAGCCGAAAUGGCAGCGUGCAUCCAAUGUUGCUAGUGAUGGGCCUGGGAUGGCCGCGGUACCAUCGAGUGUUUUAACAGCACCAAGUGCAAUCGCACUUGCGCAGGAGAAGCGACCAAUUGGGUCAAAACGGGCAAAACUUGCGCAACUGGUCCAAGCGUGCGUAAGCGUUUGGCGCGGUAGCUUAAUGGUUAAGGGCGACGGCAUCAAAGAGAUAGAGGAAGGGGCCCGGGUUCAAUUCCCGGGCAGUGUACAUUAA